UUCAGACGCAUUCUCACGGUGUUUCGCAUUGCACUUGUUGACUUUUGCAGACAGCCGUUUGCGAGCAUUGUACAUUACCAAUGCAAUAAUUGGACGAACGUCUUGUCAUUGUUAAGGCCAAGAUUUAUCGGAACAACAAGAUUGUAGACAUUUUUCAAUAAACAGUAGAUGAGACAAAAAUGGAAUAAUAGAAGCUCGGAACCACGUUUCAAUUUCAAAAAGUCAAAGUCAUGUUACAUUGAUCCUACUUCGUAAACUGUUAAAUUUUCUCAAAUUAUGAGGUUAAUAAGCAAAUCUUUUUAUGCACCUAACUAGAUUGAAGCAGUGCGUGCGUACUGGACCCGGAGAGUAGCAGUGUUCGUCUGACCAUAUCAUACAGGCUCUCGAUCCGGUGGCAUUCGAGGCGGGUACAGCACAGAUCGCGAACAUGAUCGGCGGCCACCGUUGAACGGCGAUGAACGACGACGGCGGCGGCGGCGGCAGCAGCAGCAGCAGCAGCAGCAGCAGCAGCAGCAACAGCCCCGGUGCCGGCGCAGACGGACGGCGUUCGGUCCGGCACCGCGGCAAGCACCACAAAAUGGCUCCGCCGAACAGAUGGCCGGCCGCCGGCGGAUCGGCAGCGGCGGCGGCAACGGUGGCCGACGUGGUUCGCCCGGCCGCGGUGGUCGCGGGCCGCCAUCACCGCCGGCACGACAUGUUGGCCGCUGCGGUCGGCGGCAACGACACCGCGGCCAGGUCGCCACAGCCACCGCCGCCGCACGUGUUGCAACACGCCGCGCCGGACAGCAUGUGCUACACGACCAACGAAGUGCUCGUCAUCAUCGCCGUCACGUGUUUCCUGAAUUUCGCGUUCAUAUUGCUCAUCAUGACGUGCGUGCAUUGCUUCACGGACCCGUCGCAUCAUAAGAAAUUCGGCUCGGUGGCGUACGCCGAACUCGGCGACGAGCUGUUCGACGCGGACAUGAUCGACGGGGACACGGUGACGCUGCUGAAUCCGACGAAAUCGUCGCGAGACGCGCUGGACUACGCGUACGAGAAGAAAAACGGGUUCGGCGAAUGCGAUUUAGAGUCGUGCGCGCCGUACCGGGGCCUGAUACGCGACCACCGGUGCAAGUCCCGGAGGAAAUCCGAAGACGACCUGCUCAACGCCGCGUUCGAAUGACCUCGAUGGGCGGUCGCCCCGGACCGGUGCCGGGCGCGGUCCGACAUGUUCGCGUUGAAGACCCUUGGCCGAGUGGAGAAGAAAACGCACCGCCGGUACGGCGGCACCAAACGGAUGACGGGGUCGCGUCACAAUAAGUAUACUGCCGUGACCUAGACAACCCGUCGUCGCACCAUCAUAUUAUAUAAUAUUAUACAGUACGCCCCACCCCUCCUGUCAUGUCGUUGACAACCCCUACCUAAUCCGACCUGUAAUAUCUGUAUAGCUACUGACCUAUAUGUAUCAUCCGCGUUCACGCGACCCGUGUCAAGUCCAAAAAUGUGUACAGGGUAAUUCAUUAAGCACGCUCGCCUCGUUUUUCUUUUUUGACAAUACAGCUAUUCUAAAUCUCAUUUUUCGAAUUUUCAGUGGAUAGCACGUAAAUACCAUGUUUUUAAAUUCUUAAGAUUUUUUUUGUUCUACUUGAGGAGUAUGCUGUAGAAAUACAAACUUCUGUUUUUCAAAUGAAAACUCCUCUUUUUUUCACUGUAAAUAUUAUUGGGGAGAUAAUAUUCCUAAAAAUGUUGACGUCUGAAAAUAAAAAUUCGAACAAAUAGUUUUAAUUAAUUAACUCCUUUGUGUAUUAAGGAUAAUGCGUUUGGAAAUAUAUGAUGACUACCUAUGGUAAUUUGAAAAUUUUAGUACCUAACAUUAAUCUAUCGGUAUUUAUAUUUUAUAAAAAAUAGUUCACGUAUAAUACAUAAUAAAUCCUAUAGCAUAUCUAUUUUUAUUUUUAUACAACCAUAUUGUCACGGGUUUGAAGUUAGCCCCCCAAUAUCAUUUUAAUAUUUGAAAAACUGUUCGUUCGAAUUUUUAAUUAGGUAUAUUAAUGUUUUCG